UCCACCAAAUCGGCAAACCGCAGAGGAGACAUUCCCUUGAAUCACGAAAUUAAGAAAAAACGCCGUCGAAUGGUGAAGAUACCAAGAAGAUGUCGGCAGAUCAAUCUUCCUCAUCGGGCACUUCGAAUCUCAAUCAUCAUCCAACCAUCACCAGCACCGCCCAGGCACAAUCCACCUCCCAGGAUACCCACCGACUAUUACCCCACACAACCGCGGAGAUCCGGCCCGGAGAUGAACCAGUCGAGGAACAGCCACUCAGCCAUCCGGAAUCAGUAGGACUCCAUCUUGGCGGAAGGCAUUCGCUUCUCGGACGAUUCAGAAAUGCAAUCGGUCUCGAGAAUCUCAGCGGAUCUUCUUCCAUGAUCUGGUUCUGCCCUGCCUACGUGAUCGAUUGGGGCGUCGGACUGGCAGCUAUCAUUGUCUCAAAGUUAUACAUUGAGACUGCUUCACCAUACCAGCGAGACCUUUCAGUUUAUUAUAACGAUAGUGACUAUCAUUGGUCUUUGAGAUCAGAGCAGAUUUCGGACGAAUGGCUACAUCAUCUUUCAGUGACCUUACCAGUACUCCUACUGAUCAUCCUAACACUGAUCGCCUAUCCUCGAGGAGGAAUCCAUUUAGUCCCGAUGCUCCACCACUCCUUACUCGGUCUUCUGACCGCUCAUGCGUUCUCGAUCGUCCCUACGGAUCUCUUGAAGAUCUGGAUCGGCGAACUCCGGCCGGACUUCUUCUCUCGUUGUGCAUAUUCAGAAGAUUCAAAGAUCUGUAAACCGUUCUUUCAUAAUCACAAACUCAUGGAACACGGUCGAAAAAGCUUCCCCAGUGGUCAUAGCUCGACCGCCUUUGCUGGCCUUACUUUCUUGACCCUGUGGAUCGCCGGUCGUAACGGCGCCUUCGCUAUCGGUGGUGAUGGCUUACGAGCGGCCGGACCAUUGCAAAGUAGGCUUCUCAGGUUCCUUGUUACCAUCAUCUGGCUUGGGAUCGCUAUAUGGGUCGCUGUCACAAGAAUUCAAGACCAUCGCCACCAUCCGCGAGAUGUGAUAGUCGGCGGUUUGAUAGGAAUGAUAUCCGCCUCGAUUGGCUAUUUGUUUUACUUUCCUUCCCCCUUCAAGGGCUCACUACUCGGGAUCACGAUGGGCAAACCACGACUAGUUUAUGAUCAUGAUACCUUACCCCGUAAACAAGCUAUUAGAGCUCAUCCCUCGUCCAGAGGCGAAGACAAUCUACCUCUUGCAGCCGCUGUUUAGUCGCCUACAUUGCUUCAUUUCAGAUAGAUAUGCUUGUUUUUUGUUAGUCUGCUUGUAGACAUACCUCACCUCACCUCUCACAUCGGAAUUGUAUCUCUCUAAAGGCUUGUAUAUCUAUAUACCCUUCACUGAUUCCUUGGCUUCAUACAUGCAUGACUGGAAAACUUGAAUGAUAAAAAGAUAGUAGAGUUUUGAAAUAAAUGAAUGGUUGGUGAUUGCCA